CACACUUUUGUGACUUGUCUCACCACUCACCAACUAGCAGUAGCAUUCACCGCCAUCAAAUUCGGUUACAAAUUCAAUCAAUUAGCAUGCCGAAUUGCGAGUUGCAGCAAAGCCUCAGCUGCAAUUCCAGCAGCGAUUCCGAAGAAUCGGAGGAGAAAGAGGCGGAAAUCUGCGGCGGCGAUUGCCGUGAAUGGCGGAUUUUGAACCCUAGAUCGGCGUGGGUGCAGGAAUGGAACAGAUUGUUUCUCCUAGUGUGCGCGGUGGGGCUGUUUGUGGAUCCGCUUUUCUUCUACACGCUGUCGAUUAGCGAGAGCUGCAUGUGCCUCUUCGUCGACGGCUGGUUCGCCGUCACCGUCACCGUCCUCCGCUGCAUGAUCGACUCCUUGCACCUCUGGAACGUGUGGCUUCAGUUGAAGAUGAACCGGAGAAUGCACCACGACGGAGACGCAUUGAGAUAUUUCAAGUCGAGGAGAGGUUUCUCCUUCGAUCUCUUCGUCAUCCUGCCGUUGCCUCAGCUUGUAAUCUGGGUAGUAAUCCCAAAGCUUCUAGAAAGAGGGUGGACAACGGUGGUGAUGACGGUGUUGUUGGUAAUGUUCGUCUUCCAAUACUUGCCCAAAAUCUAUCACUCAGUGUGUCUGCUCCGGCGUAUGCAAAAUUUUUCCGGCUACAUUUUUGGCACUGUUUGGUGGGGCAUUGCUCUCAACAUGAUCGCCUACUUUGUUGCAUCUCACGCUGUAGGAGCAUGCUGGUACUUGCUUGGCAUCCAACGAGCUGCAAGAUGCUUGAAGGAGCAAUGCAUGAGGACCAAGGGCUGUGACAUAAGAAUGAUGGCUUGCCAAGAUUCAAUUUACUACGGAGCUAAAGAUCUCAUCAGUGAUAGAACAAGAUUCAUAUGGGGUGAGAAUAGCCAUGCAAGGUCUUCAUGCCUACAAAAUUACGACAAUUUCGACUAUGGCGCUUAUAAGUGGACCGUUCAGCUCGUCACCAAUAACAAUCGUCUCGAGAAAGCAUUGUUUCCCAUAUUUUGGGGACUCAUGACUCUUAGUACUUUUGGAAAUCUAGAGAGCACGACAGACUGGUUAGAAGUGGUGUUUAUAAUUAUUGUCCUCACCACUGGACUCCUUCUGGUCACAAUGUUGAUUGGUAACAUCAAGGUUUUCCUACAUGCGACGACGUCUAAGAAGCAAGCAAUGCAGUUGAAGAUGAGGAACAUAGAGUGGUGGAUGAGAAAGAGGCGGCUUCCGCAAGGGUACAGGCAGAGGGUACGCAACUACGAGAGGCAGCGUUGGGCGGCGAUGCGUGGGGUUGAUGAAUGUGAGAUGACUCGGAAACUUCCAGAAGGACUCAGGAGAGAUAUCAAAUAUCAUCUGUGUUUGGAUUUGGUGAGACAGGUGCCAUUGUUCCAGCACAUGGACAAUCUCGUCCUCGAGAACAUAUGCGAUCGGGUCAAAGCUCUCAUAUUCACAAAGGGAGAAACGAUAACAAGGGAAGGUGAUCCAGUGCAAAGAAUGUUGUUCAUCGUCAGAGGCCAUCUUCAGAGCAGCCAAGUGCUGCGCGACGGAGUGAAGAGCUGUUGCAUGCUCGGCCCGGGCAACUUCAGCGGCGAUGAGUUACUCUCAUGGUGCUUAAGAAGACCUUUUGUGGAGAGGCUUCCGCCGUCUUCCUCCUCGCUUGUAACUCUGGAAACGACAGAGGCGUUCGGGCUCGAAGCAGAAGAUGUCAAGUAUGUGACUCAGCAUUUCCGCUACACGUUCGUGAGCGAGAAAGUGAAGAGAAGCGCGCGCUACUACUCGCCUGGAUGGCGAACGUGGGCGGCUGUCGCCAUCCAGCUGGCGUGGAGGAGGUAUAGACAUCGCCUCACGCUUACUUCCCUCUCCUUCAUAAGGCCUCGGAGGCCAUUGUCCAGGUGCUCUUCUCUAGGAGAAGACAGACUUAGGCUUUACACAGCUUUGCUCACCUCUCCUAAGCCUAAUCAUGAUCAUUUUGAUUUCUGAUUAUAUAUCUUGUAUUCAUAUUCAUUAGGAGUAUCUCUUUUGUUUGUUCUAAUAUUUUGCCAUUAUUAAUUUGUGGAUAUAUAAAUACAACUUACUUUAAACACUUCA